CACUGGCCCCGCAUGCCAUGUCAUACAUUAACCAUUGUUUAGAGAAAUCUCAUGACCUGUGAACCCAAGAAUCUGCUUGAGGCUCAGGCCCCUGUCUCUGCUCAAACCCAGCCCUCAGUGCCUUUGAACCUAAUUAGGCAAUGAGAAGGGACAUUUAUCUACUUCUCUGUGGUGCAGCGCCUCUCCUCUUCCUACCUCUUUCUAAAGGGCUUUAAAAGAAGACUACUUCUCUGUCUGGAUGGGUUGACAUGUCACUUCAGACCCUACCAUACGGUCGGCUCUAACAAAUCUUUUGAUGGAACCUAACAUCCGGUAAUGGAACCUGAAAGGCGUCAGAGAUAUUGUCCCGUGGGCUCCUCCUCCUUCGCCGCUGCUCUCUCAACGUAUAACCCCAGACCUCCGUCCUUCUCUGUCUCAGAGUAAAGAAUCAUAGACCUGUAACAUGAAUGUGGCCCAAUCCCCAGCCAGGCAAGGAGACGGGACCCCAGGACAAUGAGGAUGUCACCCUGCCCAUAACUACAGCCCACCUGUGCAGUCCCUAAAGUCCCAGAAUGCACCAGCAGAUGGCACUGACUUGGAGCCUGCUCUACAUGACCCUGCUGACUCUCUGCUGGAAAGCUGGUGUGACAGAGGCACAAGACACCAUCCCUCUGCAGACUCUAAGGUGCUACAAUGACUACACCAGCCGCAUCAUCUGUAGCUGGGCCGACCUGGAGGAUGCCCAGGGCCUCAUUAACAUGACCCUUUAUCACAGGCUGGAAAAGGACUAUCCAGUGUCCUGCAGCCUCAGUGAUGACCUAGUCUGGUCAGAGUGCCCGUCUGCCCACCGAUGUGUGCCCAGAAAAUGUGAAAUCGCAAACACAAGCUUCAGUGUAGCAUAUGAAGACUACUACUCAUUCCAACCAGAUCGGGAUGUGGGCAUCCAGCUCGUCAUUCCACUGGGCCAGCAUGUGCAGCCCCCACCUCCUAAGAACAUCAGCAUCAGCCCCUCUGCGGAUCACUUCCUGCUUAAGUGGAACUGGACCCUUGGAGAUGCCCAGGUCCCCUGGCUGUCACAGGAGGACGUAGAUUUUGAGGUGGCUUACAAGAGGCUUCAGGACACCUGGGAGGAUGCUCCCAGACUAAACACCAGUGACUUGUGGGUCUCCCUGCCAUCAAAGCUGUUUCUACCCAGCAAUAUUUAUGUGGCCCGUGUGCGCACUCGGCUGUCCCCUGGCUCUAGAUUGUCUGGAAGGCCCAGCAGAUGGAGCCCUGAGGUGCAAUGGAGCUCCCAGCCAGGGGACAAGGCCCAGCCUCAGAACCUGCAGUGCUUCUUCGAUGGCAUCCAGUCCCUCAGCUGCUCCUGGGAGGUGUGGAACCAGGUGGCUGGCUCUGUUUCCUUUGGGCUCUUUUACCGUUCCAGUCCGGCUGCUCCGGAGAAGGAAUGCUCCCCGGUGGUGAAGGAGCUGCAGGGCAGCCUCUGUACCCGCUACCACUGCAGUCUAACCGUGUCCAACCCCAGUGCACACAGCCAGUACACAGUCUCUGUUAGGCUGCGGAAACAAGGGAAGUUCAUCAAGAGCUCUGAACACAUCCAGAUGCACCCUCCCAGCCUCAAAGUGACCAAGGAUGGAGACAGCUACAACCUGCGUUGGGAAACUAAGAAACUCUCCUAUCCUCACAUUGAACACAAAUUCCAGGUCCAGUACAAGAAGAAGCUGGACAGCUGGGAGGACGGCAAGACAGAGAUCCUAGAUCAUGCCCAUAGCAUGUCCCUGCCACGGCUGCUGCCCUCCACCGCAUACUCGGCCAGGGUGAGGGUCAAGCCCCUCCCUGAAUACCAUGGGAUCUGGAGUGAGUGGAGUCAGGAGAGCACCUGGACCACCGACUGGGUGAUGCCCACAUGGGGGAUCGUCCUCAUCCUGAUCGUCCUCGUGCUGAUCUUGCUCCUGGCCCUCCGCUUUGGCUGUGCCUAUGGGUGCAGGCUGUACAGAAAGUGGAAGGAGAAAAUCCCCAACCCCAGCAAGAGCCUGCUGUUCCAGGAUGGAGGAAAAGGACUCUGGUCUCCUAGCAGCACAGCAGCCUUUGCCACUAAGAACCUUACCCCCCAGGGGCCACAGAGCAACCUUUUUGCUGAGCUACAGGGGAUGUCAUAUUCACAUACAGUGGACAAUGAAGUGUCACCUCUUACCAUAGAGGUUCCUAAAAUUGUUCAAGAUUUACCAUCUGGGCCUGACCUAACUCCAGUCACCUCAUCAGAACUCAUGGAACAGCUUUCCGAUGGCCAGCGAGACCCACCAACCCAUUUUGGCAAACCUGAGAACCAGAAACCCAACUUUGACUUUAACGGUCCCUACCUGGGGCCUCCUAAAACUCAGUCCCUGACUAAUCUCCAAGGCCAACAUGUGUCCCCAGAGAUAAGUGGCAGUCUGAAGCCAGAACUGCCACACUCCCUGGAGUACCUGUGCCUGCCUCCCGGAGGACAAGUACAGCUGGUACCACUGUCCCAGGCAAUGGGCCAGGGCCAGGCUGUGGAUGCCGAGCGUGAGUCUAGCCCGAAGACCACAGAGAGCCCUUCCAUGGAACAGAGGGACAGCCCUUCACUCGACCUGAGGGUGGAGGAGCAGGAGCCAAAGGACAAUGCAGUGACUCUGUCCUUAAACUCUGGAGACACUGGGGACCCCGUGGUGGCCUCUGGUUAUGUCACUCCUGCAGAUCUGGUGCUCACCCUGCCCACAGGGCCCCUGUCUACCUCUCUGGGCCCCUCUCUAGGGUUGCCCGCAGCUCAGGGUCCUAGUGUCUGUCUCACACUGCCUGGGCUUCCUCCUGGAAGCCCAGCUCUUCCACCCCCAGAAUUUGAUGACUAUGUGGAGCUCCCUCCAAGCAUGAGCCAGCCCCCCAAGAUCCCUCUGAGAAAUCCUGUCCCUCCUGUGCCAAGCAGCCCUGUAGUAAGCCCAGGAGAGCACAGAGAGGAGGUAGCCCCAACAUCCCCACACCACGAAGGCCUCCUUGUUCUUCAGCAGGUGGGUGACUACUGCUUCCUCCCUGGCCUGGGGCCUGGUUCCCUCUCACCACAUAGCAAACCACCUUCUCCAGGCCUGUGUCUGGAGAUGGUGGACCUAGACCAGGAUCUGUCUGUCAAAAAGCCUCCCUGCCAGCCCAUGCCCCAGAUGCCAGCCAUUCAGUUUUUCAAGUCCCUGAAGCAUCAGGACUACCUGUCACUGCCCCCUUGGGACAGCAGCCAGCCUGGGAAGGUAUGCUGAGUCCAUGCCCACCCAACCUCACCAGCAGCCCUGCUCCUCAGACUGCGGAACUCAGCCUGACAUCUCCAAAGGACCCCAGAGGAUCCCUCCAUGAGAUGCAAGGCUUCUCUGCUCUCAGCCCUGACCUUCAGCAAUACCCCCCCCUCUCUCUCCUUUCCUCCCUCACUCCCUCCUUCCCUCCUUCUCCCUCCCUCCCUCUCUUCCUCCCCCCUCUCUCUUUCCUGUUUCCUAGCUUUUAUAGGAUCUCCUUUCCUUUCCCUCUGACUUGUUGGAGUAGAGAUGGGAACAGAGAGGCUCUGAGGAUGAGGCCUGCAUGGUCUGUUUAGGAUUUAAGGACUACUAUGGGUUGCUUGUCCCCCUUAGGCACCAAUAACACAGCACAUGGUUCUGGCUCAGUGCGGGAAGUGGGAGGCUCAAGUGGAUUCCUUAAAGGUCAGACAUGGAAAACAGGCGGGCUCAUGUCACUCCAAGAAUUGGUGUGGUUCUCUAUGACAAUAUGAGGCUCCUGGGGAGCCCUGAGGUUCUUUCAGAGGGGACUGGGAACCCUCGUUCUGUAGAGAAGUCACUGAUGUGGACAGUGCCACCUAGUGGUCACAGCUGUGGCCAGGAUGGAGCAAUGAAAAGCAAUGGGGAAGGAUGGGCAUUGAGAACUCCUGGUGCCAACUGCAGGAAAGCCAGGGUAUGGAUCCCUCGAAGGUCAAGAGCAUGGUGAUCACACAGGACAGCACAUCCAAAGACUUAGUCUGGACAUCCGGGCUGCUCUCCCUCUGGAAUGCUUGCAUACCUGCUACCUGUGACUUGCACUGACCACAGAUGUGGCCAUGCUGUGGGACUGUGGUACUGGGAAAUUGCUAGCUUGUUGGCCCUCAGGGCACAGCGGCAUUCCAUCAUUCCAUUCUCAUUUGCAUUACUUGUUCCAGCUCUGCUCGCACAUAGCUCUUGUCUAUGUCUUGAGUAUUGGCUGUUUUGUUGUUGCCACAGAGGAGCUGAGUCCAUGAACGAUUUUGUCCCUUAUAAUGACAUCUUUUUCAGAUGAGACUGUACAGCUCUCUCUCCAUGACCUUUUGUGGGACAGACCCGUCUCCAAUAAUUGUGUUCGCUCCUAGUUUUGUGCAGGAGGCACAAUGACGCCCUAAGCACGUCUGCAUUGCUGUGAGACAGACUGCUGAGCUGAAUUCCAUCUUUGGGGCCAUAUUUGCAGUAACCUUUGCAGCAAACGUGCAUGUGCCUUCGUUUAUAGUCUUUCUGGUUCUUUCUGUGUCUCAAGCCUUGCACGGGAGGUUUUAUGUCUUCUAGAGCCCACACUUACACUGCAGAGGUCUGUCUUUGUAUGUCCGGAGGACCCGGAGCCAGAGCACAUUGUGUCAUUUCUUCACCCACCUGCUCUCCAUCCCCGAAUCUGAAAGGCCGUUCCGUGACCCAUCAAGUGCUCAGGUGGACCUGGUCUGUCUCAGCAUCUUUUCUAGUGGCCUCACUCCCUAGAUGUCAGCCAUGUCUCUUCAUGUUUGAUUUUGACCCAUGGCAGGCAGAGCAAGUGUUCCUUGGUCUCUGUUCAUUGCAGCAAAGAAAACCACUAACAUUGAAUGUGUUUCAGUGGCAAUGUUCACAGUAGCUCUCAAUACCUUCUAAAGCAGACCCUCUAGGGAAACAAGCAAGAACGACUUCUAUGUAUUAAGACAUUGACUCAAAAAUAAUUUGCAUUAAGAAAGAAUAUUGUAAUAAAAUAUUUGUAGCAUACCACA